AUGUCGGUAAGAAAUCACACGGCGCCCGAUCCCAACGGAGUAAGACCAGAACACCUAAAGAACCUUCUGCUAGUACUCAUCAACACCCCGGCGAGGCUCUUUACACGUUACCUGUCCGAAUGCAAGGCUCCUAAACAGUGGAAGACCAGCAAGACCGUGUUGUUGUAUAAAAAGGGAGAUCCACAUGACAUCGGCAAGUAUCGCCCAAUCUGCUUACUGUCCAUCAUCUACAAGCUCUUCACAAGGGUGAUCGUUAAUACGAUUGAAAAAAUCUUGGAUGAAGUACGACCAUGCGAGCAAGCGGAGUUUCGAAAAGGAUUCAGCACGAUUGACCACAUUCACACUGUUUCGAAACUCAUCGAGGUAUCACGAGAGUACAAGAUGCCGCUCUUUCGCACCUUUAUCGACUCGAACAAGGACUUCGACUCAGUUGAGACGGAAGCGGUCAUGGAAGCCUUGGACAACCAAGGCGUCCCUACGCAGUACAUAAAGGUACUACGAGAGUUGUACAGUAACUUCACGACCGGAAUUUCGUCAUUCUACAUGAAUAUCAUAGUUGAUGUGAAGAGGGGGGUCGAGGGUGAUACAAUCUCACCCAAAAUAUUCACCCUCGAGAACGCAAUGCGAGGGUUGGAAUGGGACGACAUGGGAGUGAAGGUUGAUGCUGAAUCUGCAAAAGACGAUAUUCAUGCACAACGGAUGGGUCUCGGAUGCCCCAUUCACGCUCAACGGAACGAACAUAUCCGAAUGCACCAACUACGUUUAUCUAGGUCGGGAAUUGAACAUGAUGAACGGCUUGACUUCGAGUUGGGCAAUAGGAGACAAGCGGCUUGGGGAGUGUAUAAGAGCAUCGAGGAUGUAGUGAAAAAGAAAAGGAACACCCGGCUACGUGCUCACCUCUUCAACACCACCAUACUUCCUGCUUUGACCUAUGCUUCGGAAACCUGGGCAUUUCGCAAGCAGGAACAAAACGCGAUGAGCGUCAUUGAACGCGCAAUUGAGAGAGCAAUGCUAGGAGUAUCCCGUUUCACGAAGGUGAGGGACGGGAUUCGAAGUUCUCUCUCACGUCAACGAUCGAAGAUUAGAGACGCCGCCGAGUUUGCCAAGAAAAGUAAAAUCAGGUGGGUCGGACACAACCAUUGGAGCAGAACCGUGAACGACUGGGUUCCUAGCGAUAUUAAGAACACUACAGCAAGGCCACGACUCGACCAAUAG